AUGCUCUUUCCUUUUAAUUCUCUCCUUCGUGACUGUCUCAUUCAUUUUACAUGCUCUUUCCUGGAGAAAGCUUUAAUUCCUCUCCUUCGUGACUGUCUCAUUCAUUUUACAUGCUCUUUCCUGGAGAAAAGCUUUAAUUCCCCUCUCCUUCGUGACUCUUUAAUUCCUCUCCUUCGUGACUGUCUCAUUCAUUUUACAUACUCUUUCCUGGAGGCUUUAAUUCCUCUCCUUCGUGACUGUCUCAUUCAUUUUACAUACUCUUUCCUGGAGAAUUCUCUCCUUCGUAAGCUUGAAUUCCUCUCCUUCGUGACUGUCUCAUUCAUUUUACAUGCUCUUUUCCUGGAGAAAGCUUUAAUUCCUCUCCUCCGUGACUGUCUCAUUCAUUUUACAUGCUCUUUUCCUGGAGAAAAAGCUUUAAUUCCUCUCAUUCGUGACUGUCUCAUUCAUUUUACAUGCUCUUUCCCUGGAGAAAGGCUUUAA